UCCCCGGCGUUGAUGAUGUUGCAAAGUCAGGCUGGGACAUUCUGAGAGCAAGCAAGCAAGCACGCUGGCUUGCUGCAAAUCAAUAAGCAGGGUGAAUGAGGAGGCGGCACAACUAUUAGUCUCGGUGGUACCGGCCGCCUCCUGCAGCUAGCUGGAAGUUUAUCAUCCUGCCGCAGAAGAAGAAGAAGAAGGAGAAGAAGAAGGAGGAGGAGGAGGAGCAGGAGGUUUGGCUAAUUAGCUAGCCGAGACCGGGGCAAGGCGGCCCGUACAUGUCUUCCUCUCCACCUACUGCCACACGGAAAUCUUGCAGUUCAUGUUUCGCCAAGAAGUCAGUGUGACGUCUUUUAUUCCGUCUUGUUCGUAUCUUUUCCACCACGAGAAGACGAAUAUGUCCAGGUACAACAUAUACAGCCUGUUAGACUGGGUGUACGGCGGGGUGGACCCCAAGUUUGAGGGCAACGGGGGCCCAGAAUGCGCCGCCUUCCUCGCGCCCCAGCAGCGCAUCAGCGAAAGUCUGGUGGUGCUCCUCGUGUCCCUGGUGGAGAUUGGCGUGGCGUUGAAGAAAAUAAACAUCUCCAGAGAGCUCAAAGUGGUGGGCAAAGAGUGCACAAGGACCAAGGAAGACAGUCUCGGCAAGAACUUGUUGCUUGUUGCACUAUGCAUGACUUUUGGAGUGGAAGUGGGCUUCAAAUUCGCCACCAAGACGGUCAUCUACCUGUUGAAUCCGUGCCAUGUGGUCACCAUGAUCCAGAUCUUUCUGCUGGCCUGCCCGCCAUGUAAAACUGCAAUGAUUGUGUUUAGGCUGCAGGUUCAUAUGUUGAAUGGCGCUCUGCUGGCUUUAAUGUUCCCUGUGGUCAACACUAGACUGCUGCCAUUUGAAAAGGAGAUUUACUACAUUCAGCACUCCAUGCUGUAUCUGGUGCCGCUUUACCUUUUCAGGAAAGGAGGCGUGUACAAGCCCGAGCCCCUGGGGGACAUUUGGUGGGCGCUGCUCUCCACAGGCAUCCUCUUCCUCUAUCACUUCCUCUUCUUACAAGUUCUUGGCCUGAUGACUGAGGUGAAUCUCAACAACAUGCUGUGCCCGGCUGUGUCCGACCCCUUUUACGGCCCUUGGUAUCGUGUGUGGGCGGCGGGCCACCAGACCCUCCUGACGCUAAUCCACGGGAAGGUUGUGACGCUGCUCUCGCAGCACACGGGCCCCGUGUGCAGACACCUGCUGGACACGCUUCGACUGCGCGGCAAGAAAGUCGACUGAACCGCCGAUGCACGCGAGCCUUUCACUCUCAAUGCCUUUUAUGUUGCUUUUAUGUUUUUCAUUUUAAUACCUCUUUUACAGUGGGUUUUAAUGCACACGAUCCCAUGCGUUGUCCUUUUUCAUGUUGGCCUGCGUAAGUACACGACUUGUUAUGUGGCUAUUUCAAAGCUGGCGGUGGUCCUCAGUCGGCUUGAUAUCGAGAACAAUUUUCCCAGAAAUAUGCAGGAAAUCAAUCAUUUCUUAUGCUGCCUUUUGCCUUUUUUUUUUUCGGGCCCACCACUGAUCUGCUGUUGUCACUGUUCUUCAUGUGCUACAUGUACAACAUCAUAUGUUAUGAGUGUAUCUGCCAUUUUAUUUGCGUCAAGCGUGUGUUUUUGUUUUGCGCUGUAAAUGUAAAUUGAAGUCAUUUCCUGGUUCGAGUUGGAAGAGUGCCGUGAAGGGUCCGUCAGUGUUGUCAAAACUGAUAGGAACGUGUUUAUGUUCAAACAUAGAAGGGGGAAAAUAACAUUUGUAAGUCAAUGUGCAUUUUUCCCUUCCCCUUCAGCCAUCCAGUUCAAAUUAAGUGAUAAUGAGGGAAUAUUAAGUGUUGUUUUAAAUCAGUUCUCACUGGAAUUUAGUAGAAAAUCGUUCAAAAAUGUAUUAUGUUCAUACUAUAUGUUAAAUGGACACACCCAAAAGGUGUCUUGUAUUUGAAUGUCAACGUGUUAAACAUUAGGACCAAAACAAUUGACUAAUUGUCCCAUGUUUUUGUACGAAAUCCUGCUCAAUUCCAGUGCAAACAUUGUCGAGACGAAUGAGGAUUUGUGGGAUCACUCAGUGAUGUCCUCUGCCAAGGAAGUCCUGCGUUUUUUUUGGGGGGGUGGGGGUGCGUUGUCAUAUUGGUCAAGAGGGAAGGGCUGCAGUCAUGCAUCGGGAAACUUGAAUUGAGUGUGUUGUUUGAUGCUCCUGUUGAUAUCCACGUGGAAAUUUCACUCACUCCGCCAACACAAUUAUCUGAUCAUCUAUCUGCAUGAGGUCACUUUGGGUCGUUUAUAGGCAUUGGAAAGGAAGUAUUAAUAUUUCAUCAGUCACGUUGCAUAUCAUUUCAAGCGUGUAUGUGUGGGAUGCAUCAUUGUAGCAUAUUAUACGUAUAUAUUGUACUUCAAUGUAAAGAAGGGAUUUUUUUUCUACUCUUAAGGGAUUAUGUGUGGUUCUUAAUUAAAGUUAUUUUAGUUGA